AUGAAUGAAAUUUUAAGUCAACAAUCUUUAAGAUAUUAGGGAAGCAAAAAUUAAUUUGGGUUAAUAGAAAUAGAAUAAAUAUUGAAAUACAAAAUUUUUAAUUAUUAAGGAUCUUUUUAUCAAAAUAAUAAUGUAAUUUUAAAGUAUUAUAUUAAUAAGGAAUUUUAGGUUUUUUUAAGGAUUAGGAAUUGA